AUUCAGCCUCAGGAAAGUUUCAAAAGCCAAUUGAUAACUCUCAGCGGAGUAAAGAAUCAGAAACCUUAUUCUGUGAUAAAUGGCAUAAAAGUGUUGGUCAUUUGGUGUGUAGUGAUGGGACAGCUGGUACCGCAUUCAGGGUUGGAAGUCGUUAUCUGAUGACAGCAUUUCAUGUGAUAAGAAAAACUUAUGAAAUGUACAUCGAUAAUAUCGUAGAAAACGCCCAGUCUGAUCCACAUCGCAGCAUUAAUUAUUCAAGGUUUUUGCAAAAACUGCAAGUAGGGGAAUCCGGGAGAGAUAUUGAAGAGAAAUUAAAAAAUGGGGUCCAUGAAUGGCUGAAAAAGACUAGUUAUCAAUUACUGCUCACCGAACUACUCAGUGUUUUGGGGGAGACAGGAUUUCCAUGUGCCAAAGAGAAGUCCAUGAAAUUCAUCGAGGACAACCGUAUUUAUGUAUAUUUUGGUCGCACAAGAGAACACGUUAACUAUGUACCCUAUCGUUUGAGAUAUGACAUUCCAUUCUACAGCAAACAGGAAGCAGAUGACGUUGCUUUAUUAGAAGUUGAUUGGACAGAUUUACCAAAGCCAUUUAUUUUGGACAUGUCUCGCAAGCGACCAGAAAAUGUUACCAUUAUUGGUCACCCAACCUCUCAUGGCAAUGAACAGAUAAUUGACAGAACAUGUCCGUUGAUUUCGGAAUGUGAUGCCUUUCAAACUCACUGUAAAGCACUUUCAUGGUGGAAGAGGAACUAUCCUAAUUUUGACCAUAAAAAAGUUAAAAAUGAUUAUGAUUCUAUGUUCAAGAAGGAAAAGGUACUGUUCCAUUGCUCAGAAUCUACAACUCAUGGUGCUUCUGGUGGCCCUGGGAUCAUUGGUUUAGACGUAGGCUCGCCAAAAGUGCAUUUAAUGCUCCAAGAAGGAAUCCCAGGCUUGGUACAUAAUGUGGAUGAUGCAUCUAUGAAAGAGAUAUUGAGGACUUGCCCUAAAGAAUGCCUUGUUGAGAGUGGGAUCAGCAUGUCCAGAGUAUAUGAACUUUUAAGCAGUAUACCACAAUUGAAAGAGUUGCGAGAUAACAUUUUUCACACUCAAAUAUGGCUGUGUUUAUGCUUUUAUUUAAUCUACGAAAUAACUAUUGAUAAAUAAUGAUAAUGUAUCAUUGUCAGAAUCAGGAAACAAGAAUGAAUAAUCGGUGAAUAUGUCUAAUUCUAAAUCGGAGAAAGAGUGGCGCUUUACAAAAUAAAAUAAUAAUUUAACAGUAGUUAUCGGAACAAAAUGCGUUCACUUUAUAAUUGCAUCACAGCUUAAAUUACUGAAAUAAAUGUUAAAGACACUUGAAAUAACUGAAGCAAGUUUUAGAAUUGUACAAAAAUGACUUGAAAUCAAUUAAUGCCCUGUUCACAUGGAGAGUUAAAUUCGCAGUAAAUAAAUGCGAAGUAAACUAAUGUGAAUUAAAUUGCGUUCACACGACAGCUAAUGCGAUGUAAACUUAUGAGAAUGAAAUUUUAUUUCUACAAAAAAGCCGGCUGUUUUUAGUAAGGCUAUUUUGACAUCAUUUGUAAAUCACGUCAUCAUGUAUGCAGGGCUAUCAAAUUGAUAUCAUAAUCAUAGUGGCUACUAUUAGUUAUGUGUGUCUACAUAAUGAAUUUAUCCUGUCGAACAUAUUUUGAUAAAGCUCAUUUAACUUAGCAAAUCGUUUACAUUUUGACAUUGAUUAAUGUUAAUAUGACGUCAGUAAUUAGGUGCUUUGUGUGUUCAAAUGAAAACAACAAUGAUCUGUGCAGUAUGUCAUGUGGAGGGGGCAUAUUGAUUUGAGGUGUGGUUGGUAGGUCAUUUGAAGGGGGCUAAUUAGAAAUAUGAGGUAGGUGGACAUCAUAACAUCGUUUCAUGCAGUAUUCUUCUCAACAAGUGAAAUGUCACGAUUUUAUCAGAGGCAGGAUAAAGGUAUCCAUUUAGUGAUAAACAUACCUUUCCUUUAUUUUUGAACCAAUUACAGCACUGUUACCUUUAUCUAACCACCAACAUGUGCCCUUUGACUUCAUUCUGGCCUUACGCAAAUUUAAUUUGAAUUAGCUUCGCUCAGCGUUCACAUGGAGAUAUCUUUCAAAAGAAAUUCUUUAUUCCUAGACAUAGAGCAGCCAAACUGUUGGCAUCAUUGUAAUCAGCAUUAAGCCCUCUGGUGUUAGGGCGAGGCUCUAAUGAUUAUAUUUUGAA